GACACUUCCGCGUAUCCUGCGAAUACAACUUCGUCUGUCUAAACCUGCUGUGUGUUCCUGUGUUUCCUCUGCACCACCAUCAUGGCUGCCACGAACUCGUCGCCGUCCGACUCGUCGCCGCCGUCGCGGACCCGGGUCGCCCUGACGGUGCUCUUCCACUCGUCGUGCGCCAUCUGGAGCACCAUCUUGUCCAAGUCGGCCCUCAACGGCGUCGAGGCUCCCGUGACGCUGCUGGCGCUGCAGACGACGGUGCAGCUGCUUCUCCUGACCAUCAUCGGCACCUUUACGGGAUGGAUCCAGCUCUCGCGACCGCCGGCGGCCUGGAUCGCCAUCCUCCCCCUCACCAUGGCUCGCCUGGUGGGCAUCCUCGCAAAGACAUUCUGCCUCGCCUCCGUCAACGCGUCCGUGUACCAGAUCGCGCGCGGCCUCCUGCUCCCCUUCACGCUGCUCUUGUCGCUCAUGGUGCUACGCCCUCGCCCGUACUACCCCCCGCUGUCGCUCGCCGGUUGCGCCGUCGUCAUGUCGGGCUUCGGCGCAGGCAUGACGGCCGACUAUAGCCAGAUGCUCACGAGCGGCAAGGGCGUGCUGCUGGGCAUCGGAUCCAGCUUCACCACGGCCGUCGAGUCCGUCGUCGUCAAGCGCUUCCUGGGCAAGGGCGACGAGGGCAUGUGGCAGAUGGUCUGGAUGUCCAACGCCAUGGCGGUGCUCUUCUACAUUCCUCUGCUGCCGCUCUCGGGCGAACUCACCACCAUCUCCAACCUCAUGGAGCCCACCGUCGAGGGGCCCAGCGUCCACAAGUUCCUGGGCAUGGCCAUGCUCACCGGACUGUCGGGCUUCCUGCUCACCAUUGCCACCUUCAUGCAGAUCGCCGUCACCAGCCCCACGACGCACAUGAUCGUCACGGCGGCGCGCGGCGUGGCACAGAGCUCGCUCGCCAUUGUGCUGCUCGGCGAGACCCUCACCGUCGACCGCGCCGGCAGCAUGCUGCUCAUCCUCAGCGGCAGCGCGCUCUACGGAUGGGCCAAGGACCGGCACAUGCAGAGCAAGAAGGCGCCCGCCAACUACCUCCCGGUUUCCCGCGAGGAGCCAGCCACGGAGCUAGAGAUGAAGGAGCCUCGGUAGACGACCAUCACAUAUCACUAAGCCAGUCUUGGACGACAUGGGCGCCGGUUUCAUUUUGUGUUUAAAGGGAUCUGGGGAAAUACGCGUAGACGAACUGCCUUGCCGAUCCACUCGGCUGGACUGCAUACCUAUGCACCACUUUGUCUUCUUCCUCCCACACGGGGCAGGCAUUAAUACGAGCGAGCAUAGACUUAGAAACUUAAGCUUAAAAGCCGUACAAAGUAGAAAUAAACAAUGGCCUUAGGCCCUACAGCCCGCGUCCCCCUCGCUCUCCUGGCAAGGCGAACAGUGUUUCUUCAAC